CUCGCGAGAGGAUCGCUCGUAUGUCAACGUCCGGACAUCCCUUGCGUUUCGUGACUCUUCACGAUCCGUCGUGUCGAUGUUCCGCGCGUUAAUGACAAUUCAUUUCCAGAGUGACGGUGGUAUAACGGUGGUGUCGCGAUGUGGAUCCAUGGCGAUCGACCUGCGACGUCAAUCAAUUCUCAUCUCUCGAUCUCUUCGUUCCGUCGCCUUUCGUAAUCACCGAUUCGCUUGAGCUUGGCGAUCUCUCGAUGUCAAUUUGACUUCGUUCCUGAUCCUCGGUCCUGAGCGUACGACGUACGAGUAAUCGUUACGCCCGACGAUUGAUUCUUGACCAAAUUCCAGCGUGAUCUCUAAAUGUUAAACCGGGAUGCGAACGACGACGAUUUCCCGAGUCGCCGACGCUCACAUCUCGUGGCGAGUGCCACGAGUGUUGCAGAUCUCAUUGUCGCGAUUUUAUUGCGUCGUUAUUGCCUGAGAUAAAGCGAGACGUGUUACCGAUUCAGGUUUACAAAAACGAACCACGUCGCGAAUGCUGAUGACGGGAUCCUUGAUCACGGGAUGAGAGCGAGGAUUUCGGUUUUACGAGCUGCGAUCAUGCUCCGUGAUGAUCCACCGUGGUACAACUGGCUGAGUUUCGGCAGCUCCUAGUUGACGGGGACCAUGGCGAUUGUUUGGCUAGGCAGCAGCAUAAACGCGAAAACGUGACCGACUCGCAGAUGAGAGGAGCAUCGAUCGUGACGGCGGCUAAUGCCAACCGUAAUGAGAUCGUGCGAGAGGACUGAUAGCACGGACUGAGGAGGUGCAUUACAAUCGAGCAAUCGCGAAACGACCGAAACCGAAGCCGGCGGCGGGAUGGGUUCCUUGCCGAAUCUUCACGAGCUGUCCAAGCUAGGGAGCCCGACGCACAAAUCGGCGCCGAUCAACGCUCACGGUCCGAUACGAUUGCCGUCGCAGCCACCGCCGUUGGCACACACGCAUAAACGCGCGAGAAGUAGCGGGCAUCAUCACUCUACUCUGGGCGACAACGAUGCCAUGUUGGAGCACAUGGCGGCGUACUCACCGAUCUCCUGCCGAUCUACCCGCACCUCGGCGCUGUCCUGGCGGCGACGCGACUCCAUGAACUCGUCGGCGGGCGCGUCGUCGGUGCGCCGUCUGAUCGCGGCGGUUCGCGCGGCCCCGUCUGGACCCAGGCCACCACGUAAGGCGGUGCUGCGCCACAUCGCGGCCCUUCUGCUCGGCCACGCGAGCUGCUCGGCCGCCACGCUGCCCAUCUUCCCGUUGCAGGCGGGUCUGGGCGCGUUCGAGCCCCGAAUGGGUCCCGCUCUCCUUGCCCAGCUCUUCGCGAUGGCAGCCGCCACCAGCUGUUUCGCGCCCAUCGUCGUGCAACGGCUCGGCACGAAUCUCGCCAUCACCGCGAGCCACGUGGUCACCGCUAUCUUCGUCGGCAUGCAUCUGUACCCCAAGUGGUACAUACUCGCGCCCAGCUACGCGAUGCUGGGCUGCUGCGUCAGCUCGAAUUUUCUGGCGAGGAUAUCGCACAUCAACAUGUCCGCGACGAGCCUGUCGCUGGUCUGCGCCGAUCCUGAGGAUCCCGACGAGACGCGGCGAGAGUGUCUGCUGAGAAGGCUUAAUCGAGGAAUCAAGCUGGCUGAGGAUUUCGGCCUCGCAAUCGGUUGUCUCAUCGCCGCUAUUAUCGUCAGAUUAACGGAUCUGAUACCAUCUAGUAUAAUGAAUAGCGACAUGGGAGACGUUUGCGGGGCCGAAUACUGUGCGGAGGAAGUAUAUUUCUACAACGAAUCGCUCUACGUGCCGAUCACAACAGGCACGUCGAGGAUUCUCGUCAGUAUUUGGCUCGGCUUGGCGGUGCUCGGUCUGGGCAUAUCCUGCGCCUUCCUUGACUCGAGGCUGCAGGAACCCCAGGCGAACCACGAUCGCGCCAGCGUCAAGGACAUCCUCAAAUCCGUGAAAUGUGCGUUUCAAGAUCCAAAGCUUCAACUUGCGACGCCGCUUACCCUCUUCAUCGGAUUGGAGCAGGGUUUCAUCUACGCCGAUUUUAUAGAGGCGUACGUGUUUUGCGCCUUAGGCGGCGCUGAUACAGUGACUUUAAGCUUCCUAAGCUUGGCCCUGUUGCAAGCUCUCGCUGCUGCAACGCUCUCGAUGUUGCUAAGGCAUAUUAAGAGGUAUUUUGUAGUGGUCGUGGGUUUUGCUUUUCACGCCUGUCUUCUACUUGUUUUGGUCACUUGGAGACCAACGGGAGACGAUCCGGCUCUCUUCCACGUCAUAUCAGCUGCCUGGGGGGUUUGUAACUCUAUCUGGGAGACUCUGAUAUACACGCUGGUGAUGGGCUUGUAUCCGAACGCGUGGCAGGCACCGCUGUCAACGUCGCUCUUCUGGCGCUGGCUCGGCCUGACCUUCGCGCUCAGUCUGCACGGCGCGGUUUGCACCCGUUAUCGCGUGCUGGGCCUCGCUGUGACCUUGCUGCUGGCAGUGGUGCCGUACCUGUGGCUGGAGAGUCGUCUCGCGCGACGUGGCAAGACCCUCGCGCCCUUAUGACCAGGCGACUCGACCGCGAGCGAGCGCGGGUCCACCAGCGUCGAGACGGCGACGACGAUCGAAGUCAGACACCGGGGCGACUGAGAGCGAGCCGUUCCAUCCAGCA